UCACAUGCGUCACGCUGAAGGAAAACAAACUGCGUCACUUCCUGUCUGACACAGAUGCUUAGAAAACGUUUGGUAGCUGGAACUGUGGGAAGCUGCUGUGGUGACUCUGAUGUGAUGGCCGUGAACAGUUGGGGACAGUGAUUCUGAGAGAGGAACCCAGAGAAGGAGCAGCCAUGGCCUGUGCUCGAGUGCCACUGGAUGAGCAGCAAGUGACCGAGCCUGGCCCUCUGGGAAAGGAGCGCACGCUGCCUGCACUGCACCCAGACAGGACAGAGGAGCGCUGUUUCGUGCCUUACAAGCCCCCUCCAGAAGACGGCUCUCCAGCUGAUGUGGAGGAGUUUUUAGAACAUGCCAGAUUCAUCACCGAGGACCUGGAGUGGCUGCUUGCAUUGCCUCACGACAAGUUCUGGUGUCAGGUGGUGUUUGAUGAGUCCUUGCAGAGGUGUUUGGACUCUUACCUGCGUCAUGCUCCUCGCGGCCUCGAUCUCUCCACACUACCCUCCUCCCCAGCGGUUGCUGACAUGCAACGCUCCAUCCACAAAGCGGUCUUCUUGACCUUCCUCCGUAUGGCCACGCAUAAAGAAUCAAAGGAACACUUCUUUACCCCAGCUGUGUUUGGGGAGAUUAUCUACGAGAACUUUCUGUUUGACAUUCCCAAACUUUUGGAUCUUUGUGUGCUUUUUGGAAAGGGUAACGGCCAGCUGCUGCACAAGAUGAUAGAGAACAUCUUUACUCAGCAGCCGUCCUACUACAACGACCUGGAUGAGACGGUGCCCACAGUUUUACAGGUAUUUGACACGAUCCUGGAGAAGUGUGGUCUCCAGUGUGAAGGAGCCACCGCUGCCGAGCCAAUGAAGCUGAAUGCACACAAAAAACCCACUGCCAUGACCAUGAGCCAGCAGGAACUGUUAGAUAUAAUUUUGUACCUGUGUGACUCAACCACCACCAUCAAUGCCUUCCUGGACAUCUUCCCCGCGGCCUGCUCCAGUUUCCAGUCCCACGGCUUCCUCAGCAGUCUGACCUCGUUUUAUGAGACCGGUGUGCCUGACCUCGAGAAGGCGAUCAGAAAGAGAAACUUUGACGAUAAAAGUCUUCAGGAGGACCUGUGGAAGAGGCUGUCUCACUCCUGUCGUAAGAUGGUGGAGACGGUGCACCUGCUGCUGCACCACACCUGCCUACAACCCAUCCUGGAGGGGAGAGAAAACAUGCAAACAUUUGCAGAGGAACUGCUGCAAUAUUUCACAUCAUUUUUACCUGAGAAAAGAUUCUUGACUGACUACGAUGAGCAGUUCCCCGUUGCAGACGACAUCAGCCUCCUGCAGCAGGCCGUCCCCAUCAUUGAUGAGACCAGGACGUCCUACCUGCUCCAGGGAGUUGAAAGUGCCUGGGACAGCGUGGGACGACGGAAACCACAAAGCCAGAUUCAGACUAGUCAGGCUCAAGCUUCUGCAUCGCUAUCGGCCAAUCAGGGACCAGCGCCUGGUGCUGCUGCUUCCUCUUUGGCUGGCUCUAAACCUCAGGAGGUCAGAGAGCCAGCAGAAGGAGAGAGUCCGAGGGGAGCAGAGGCCAUGCUGGAUGUCCCCCAAAGAGGAAACAAUGGCGCCAUGUGUCCAGUGAUCGGGGCGGAGCUGGAGUCUCUGCUGUCGUGUAUCAGGGACCUACUUCCUGAUUUGGGUGAAGGUUUCCUGCUGGAAUGCCUGAAGGAAUACAACUACAACUCCGAGCUGGUCAUCAAUGACAUCCUGGAGGACCGGUUAGCUCCCAGCCUGGCCAAACUGGACCGAACCAUGCCACGGCCAGUGAAGGAGGAGCUCCCGGCUGUUCUGAACAACAGAUCCAACGUGUUUGAUGGUGACGAGUUUGACGUCUUCCGCAGAGAGCAGGUGGACAUGUCCCGCAUCUGGAAGGGCCGGAGGAAAGGUGAGAACGUUCGGGAGAUGCUGAACGACAAGCGGCACGUAGCGGAGCAGAAAGCUCGUUAUCACGCGUACGAGACAGUGGUGGACGAAGUCAUCGUUGAACCCGGAGAAUCCGCGACGGCAUACGAGCUGGACGACUAUGACGACGAGUACGACGACACCUACGACAUGAACCAAGUGGGCGCCAACGACCUGGACGGAGACUCUUUACUGACCAGAAGGCCGUUCACGGUACCGCAGGUACUGAGAAAAGCAAACAAGGAGGACGAGGAGGAUGAGGAUGAAGACGGUCAAGAGGAAGAUGCUUCAAAGGGCGCUGUAAACAGGGACCAGUUCGUGCAGGACCCGGCUGUGCUGAGGGAGCGAGCCGAGGCUCGAAGAGCAGCCAUGCAGCAGAGGAAAGGCUUCCGGCCAGAGCGUUCCAGCAACGUGGUCGGCCGACCCAAAGGACAAGGACAAACCACUGAGACGUUACUGGACCGGCGAAAAAAGGAGACCAACAAGAGCCGUGGAGCCAACCACAACCGACGCAGCAUGGCCGACCGCAAGAGGAACAAAGGCAUGAUCCCCUCCUGACCUGUGGCUCGACCCCAACGGACUGAGGCGAGAAGGGGAGGAUGAGGCGUGCGUGAAAGGUGAAGAAGGAUCUGGGCUCUGGUGUGGCUCUGGUUCCAGCCUAAAGUCACUGUGAAAGCCACCACAGCUUCUCAGUGGGUGAAAGCUUUCAUUAGUUUUCAGAAUGAUUUCGGUAAAGCUGCAUUUUGGCUUUUUCUUUUAUUAAAAGUUGCCAACAAGCUUUACUGAAAUAGUUGAGAGAUCUGUGUCAUGUUUGAGCUCAAAGGAUUUUAUUCUAUAGUUCAUUAAAAAUCAGAGUGAAGGACUGACGAUAAAGAAUAACAUGUUUAUUUUUGCCAUGUAACAAAUCAUUUUAUUAUUAAGAUCCAGAGUGAUCAAAGUUUCUUUGACAUCAUCAUCAACAAACAGACUACAUAGGAAUAAAAGGAGGAGACGUUCAGGGUUUGGGAGUUCCUACUGUAGCUGGAAGAACAAUUACUGACCUGGAGAUCAAGUCUGGACGUCAGCGGCCGACUCGUCCUGUUCGAGCAUGUGCGAAAGCUGCUGCACGCGUGCAUCAUCAUCUACCUGGCUCACACCACUGCUGUCCAGACUUUACUAUAAAUAAGGAAACUCCAACUCAUAACGAUGCUGUUGUUUGUGUUUGGAAGCACUUUCUGUAAGGAUGGUCCUGGAGAACCUCCUACACGCUGCCAUGCACACGCUAUUUUCUAUUCAGCGAUGAGCUUUUUGUAACAAUUUCAGCACAAAGUUAUGCUUUUUGGAGUUGGCAUUGCAAAAACAAAAUCACAAAAUAAAUACAAUAAAACUAUAUGUUUAACAUACUUUGAGUUUGUGGUUAUUGGCAAAGUAAGAAAAUACAUUAGAUUUAAAUUCCCGUUUUGCAGUAGGAACACACUUCAGAGUAAAAACAGUGAUAAUUAUUCAUCUUCAGCUUUGGUAAGUACACAGUUUCUUUUCUGUGCUUGAGCGUUUGAGAAUCCCACAAAUCUGCACUGCAGAGAUUUACUUUGAUGUAAUCACAGUUUGGAUAUGAUUUCUUCCAAAGAGCUGUUUGACAUUUUUACUUAAAAUGGGGUGAGAAUAAUGUUACUGUGUUAGUAAAUUGUAUGAAUCUACUGCCAUUUACAGCAAACGCAGGGACAAAAAAAAACAAAACUCAUGCUCAGCUCUGUCCAAACAUGAUCAGAUCUGCCUUUCAGCACCUCUGCACUUCAUUAAUUAAUACGAUAGUCUUGGUUUGUAAUCUAAAAUGUAAAAAUGGUUGAAGUUUCUUGUGCAGUAGAUUUAGUUCAGUUAAAUUUCAUAUAUCUAAAUAUAUAUACACUACUGUUAGGUAAACCUCUUACAAUGUCAGGGAGAGAAAACUAAAAACACAAAAAACCGACGACACCACCUUAUGAGCGGAACUUGGCAACAGUGGAAAGGAAGAACUCCCUUUUGACAGGAAGAGCUCUCUUCAGCUGGACUUUCCCUCCAACCUUAAAUUGGAUAAACUGUUUUGGAAAAGAGGUGGACUGACAGACCCACCCUUGAAGGCGUUAUUCAGUCAGUUUUAACCCUGACCUGUCCCAAAGCCUCUGGCCCUGAUUGUUUUCUGUGAUUUCAGGACUGGACAGGAAGUGAUGUCGGUCCUCGGUUUCAUUCGUUUUCCUCUGAGUCCUGUGGACAGACUCCAACACCACCUUUUGGACUACAGCUGUUAACAGACUUUGUCCUGAUGCCUCAGUUAACCUGGUGUGUCAACAUGUGAGCGACAUCUCCACCCGUUGCAGAUUCUGGGUGGAGCACAGA